ACAAAGGAAACUCAGUCAGAUUUAAACGUUCACGAUUGCUCCAAAGGAAGAGAGCAUUAAGUUUUCAGAAGGAGUUCUCAUCUGAAGAUAAAGAAGAACUUGCAAACAGCACAAAGGAUAUUGAUGCUAAUCUAUUAGCAGUACUUCCAAAAGUUUCAGAAUUAAGAAAACUGUUUGAACCAAACAACCAAGAUUUUUUGGAAAUGAAAAGAAAAGAGAGGAUAGCUAGACGCUUAGAGGGAAUUGAAAAUGAUACACAACCUAUGCUUCUACAAAACUGUCCAGGAUCAGUCACACAUCGUUUACUAGAGGAAGAUACACCAAGAUAUAUGCGUGCAACUGAUCCAUACAGUCCCCACUUAGGAAGAUCAAAUGAAGAGGAGGAAACUUCAGAUUCUUCUGUAGAAAAACAACCCAGAUCAUCCAGAUACCGAUCAGAAAUCACAGGAGGUAAUACAGAGCCCUUGUAUAGUACAGGAAACAUGGAUGUCCAGGAACUAGAGUCAAAAGCAGAAAGAAUAGCUAGGUACAAGGCAGAGAGGCGGCGCCAGCUCGCAGAAAAAUACGGAUUAUCUCUUGAUUCUGAUUUGGAUUCUGACUACUCAUCCAGAUAUACACGGGCAAGGAAAGAUCCCGACAGCGUGGAGAGAAAGGGAGUGAAAAGUGAAAGGCAAGAUGAUGAAAACAAGGACUGUGGCACCCUGUAUUUGUCCAGGACUGAGACGAAGGAGUCAAAGAGUAUGAUUUCUGAAUCCAAAGAGUACUCCAGCCAUGAAAAAGAUGGAGUUCCAGAUAAAGAAGGCCUCUCAAAUGACAGGAGUGAUAGAAAAGCAGAUGAUGACAGUGCCAUUAGACAGGCUUCUGACCCUUCAGCAACCUUGGAUAGUUCUGUCUCCCUUUCACGUUCUGGACGAGAAUCUUCCUCCUAUAACGAAGUGCCAAUAUCACCAAAGCAAACCCCCAGAGAGUCCCUUUCUUCACCAAAGCGGGCAGCCUCACCAAUCCAUUUGCAGAAUGACCAGCCCUUGCACAGUAACAUCAGACAAAGUGCAGGGAAAGGAAAACCUGAAUGGUUUCUCCAGAAAGAUUCAGAAGGGGACACGCCUUCACUUAUCAGCUGGCCCUCCAGAGUAAAAGUUAGAGAGAAACUGGUGAAAGAGGAAAGUGCUCGUGGAAGCCCUGAACUUGUCACAGACACAGUAUCUCAGAGAAAAUCCCAUCCAAUGCCAGCCCACUACAUGCCUCUUCAGACAGAAACAUCUGCCUUUGAUAGGGUUAUAAAUCAGCCCAUCAGUUCAGUCCGCCAACCAAUACAUGGCUAUGUUCAGCCUGCUGGCAUUGCUCAUGCAGCCCAGCUGAUGGCAACAGAAGAACCAGCAAACAUCUCCAGCAGCUGCCUCCUACCAAACAGUGUUACCCUCUUAACAAAACCUUCAGCAGCCCCUGCAUCAGAGACUGAAAAGAAAGAGGCACUCGGUUUUGGAGCAAAGCCUGAUGAAGAAGAUUCUGUGGAGGGUGAACAGGCUUCCAAAGGCAGAAGACCGAUUUUGCCAUCUGAGAUUCGCAAGCAAGGGAAGAACCAUGAAGGCCUCUUUGGAGGAGGAGAAUUGGAUGCCCCCGUGGGGAGUGCCUCUUUCGCAAGCAAGCUGAGAGUUAACUCAGAAGUUCAGAGAGAGCUGGAGUGCAAUAAGAGGCAGGCUCCUGAGCAGCAGUUCAAGACCCCCGAGAACAUAGAAAGGAGUGAAGCUGUUAUGUACAUUCAGAGUGGGUCUGUAUCGCAGCCUGCCAAGGCAAAAGCUCCUGUUCGGAAAGUGUCGACAGCAAAGCAUAAAGUCCUGACUCGCUCAAUGUCUGACUAUACUGUGGCUCCCAAGCUAGAAGCCUUUAAAAGUAAGGAGAGCAUGGAAGCAAACGCACCAAAUGGUGAGAUUGGCAUGGUUGACACAAAAGUCUCUGUUGCCCAGCUCCGUAAUGUCUUUCUGGAGACUGCUAAUGCCAACAAGAAAACAGGACUUGAAUCUCGGUUCGAGAUGUCAACAGCAGGUAGCACUUUGUCUGCCAGUGGUGACCGUGAAAGAGGGCCACGAAGGCCGAGGCGCUAUUUUUCUCCUGGUGAAAACAGAAAGACUUCUGAGAGGUUUAAAACUCAACCUAUAACAUCCGCAGAACGAAAGGAGACAGAUAGGUCAAUUUUGAGUGCAGAAAUACCAACUGCUGAAGAUGAAGAAAAAUUGGACGACCGAGCCAAACUAAGCGUAGCUGCAAAGAGGCUGCUUUUUAGAGAAAUGGAAAAAUCAUUUGAAAUGAAAAAUAUUCCUAAACCACCUACAAGAAGUUCAGCAGUAGAGAGAAGACUGCGUCGUUUGCAGGAUAGAUCGCACACACAACCAAUUACCAGUGAGGAAGUGGUCAUUGCAGCUACCUUGCAGGCAUCAGCACACCAAAAAAUUUUAGCUAAAGAGGAGAUAAGAGCAGCCAAAGAGGCGAUGGGGCAAGAUCAGUCUGAAGAACCAGAUUCUUCCACCUUAAGUUUGGCAGAAAAGAUGGCUUUGUUUAACAAACUGUCUCAACCAGUAUCCAGGGCCAUUUCCACAAGGAGUCGAGGAGAUAUUAGGCAUAGGAGGAUGAAUGCUCGUUACCAGACUCAGCCAGUCACUCUUGGAGAAGUUGAGCAGGUACAAAAUGAAAGUGGAAAAAUUACUCCCCUGUCAACUGCAGUUGCAACAUCAGUUUCAACGAUGGCGUCUGCACUUUCUCCGUUGUAUGCUGGAGACCUGCACACAAAGUCAGCUAGUGAUGGAAGCGGGAGUGCUGCUGUGAGAGCUGAUUUGAGGUUCCACUCUUCAGCAGAAAACUCAGACACUUCAGGAAAACGCACCCAGAAGUCAGAAUUGUGGCAGCCCUCAAUGGAAGUGCUAGAAAGUAAAAGAGCAUCAAAGAACCAUGAAGAAGAGAGAAAGAGGUUUCUAGCACAUGAAGCUAAUGAAAUUACAAAGUACAGCUCCUUUGAGGAAGAAACCACACAUCCUGUUCUUGAAAAAACAGGAGACUACCAUAAAGAGACAACACACAGCUUCCUGAGGAAGGGCAGCAUGGAACUGUUUAGUUCGCAAGCGCUUUUUCAGCCUCUUGAACAGAAGGAAAUUGAUACUGGCAUGCAAGGUAAAUGGGAAGUCAAAGAAGGCCAGUCCUUUGAAGAAAAGAUGGAUUUGGAAAGUGUUAUGAAAAGCAAGACUUUGCAAAGAGGUGCACACUUCUCUUUUGAAUGGGCAGACCAUGCUGAGCCUACUUCUGAACUCACCAGCAUAUCAGCAAUGAGGACAGUUUCACAAACUGCAGCUCCAGCAUCCUGUAGACUGCAGGAGCUCUCUGAACAAUUGGAAGGCAAAUUUUAUAAGAAUUCCUGUGAGAUGUUUUCUGUUGCAGAGAAUAGAGCACAGUCAACUGAGGAUGUCCUUGAUAAUUCCAGCAAAACGAUGUCAAUUAAAGAAAGGUUGGCAUUGCUGAAGAAGAGUGGUGAAGAAGAUUGGAAGAGCAGGCUUGGCAAAAAGCAGGAGUAUGCAAAAGUGUCUGUUACUGAUCGUAGCGCGCAGAUGCAAGAAGUUGAGCAGCUGUUGAAGAAGAGAAUGGCAGAUAACCAAGAGAGUCAGAUGACCAUUGAAGAAAGGAAACACCUGAUUACAGCUCGAGAAGAAGCCUGGAAGUCCAAGGGUAAAGGAGCAGCCAAUGAUUCCACGCAGUUCACUGUAGCUGGCCGAAUGGUAAAAAAAGGCCUGGCUUCUCCAAGUGCGCUAACACCAGUAGCAUCCCCUUUCAGUAACCGGCAGAAGUCUACCACUCCAGUUACAAAGCCCUUGGAAGAAAUUGAAGCCAGGCCGGAUAUGCAGUUGGAAUCGGAUAUGAAGCUUGACAAGCUGGAGUCAUUCUUGGGAAGGCUGAAUAACAAAGUUGCUGGGAUGCAAGAAACAGUGCUGACAGUUACAGGAAAAUCUGUGAAGGAGGUGAUGAAACUGGAUGAUGAUGAAAUGUUUUCCAAAUUUUAUCGCCAUGUGGAUUUACCUUCCUCCUCAGUGCCUUUGGACCUUGAUGAGGACUUUGAUGCCAUCUUUGAUCCUUGUGCACCAAAGUUAAUAUCUUCUGUAGCAGAGCACAAACGUGCAGUUCGACCUACACGCAAAGUCCAGUCCUCAAGAAACCCCCUGAAAAUGCUGGCAGCAAGAGAAGAUAUUCUUCAUGAAUAUACUGAACAAAGACUGAAUGUUGCCUUCAUGGAGUCAAAGCGAAUGAAAGUAGAAAAAAUGUCUACAAACUCAAAUUUCUCAGAAGUAGCGCUUGCUGGCUUGGCAAGCAAAGAGAACUUCAGCAAUGUUAGCCUGCGGAGUGUUAAUCUGACGGAGCAAAACUCUAACAACAGUGCUGUGCCAUACAAGAAGCUAAUGCUGCUGCAAAUUAAAGGAAGAAGACAUGUUCAAACAAGAUUAGUUGAACCAAGGGCCUCGUCACUCAACAGUGGAGACUGUUUCCUGUUAUUAACUCCACAUUUCUGUUUCUUAUGGGUAGGAGAGUUUGCAAAUGUCAUAGAAAAAGCAAAGGCUUCGGAACUUGCAACUUUAAUUCAGACAAAGAGGGAACUUGGCUGUAGAGCUUCUUACAUACAGACUAUAGAAGAAGGAAUAAACACCCAUACCCAUGCAGCCAAAGACUUCUGGAAACUCCUUGGUGGACAGACAAAUUAUCAGUCUGCUGGAAGUCCUGAGGAAGAUGAAAUGUAUGAAGCUGCAAUAAUAGAAACAAAUUGCGUUUACCGCCUCGUAGAGGAUAAACUCAUUCCUGAGGAUGACUACUGGGGAAAGGUGCCAAAAUGUACCCUGCUACAACCAAAAGAGGUUCUGGUGUUUGAUUUUGGCAGUGAAGUAUAUGUGUGGCAUGGAAAGGAAGUUACUUUAGCACAAAGAAAAGUGGCAUUCCAGCUGGCAAAACACUUGUGGAAUGGCACCUUUGACUACUCCAAUUGUGACAUAAAUCCUCUGGACCCAGGGGAAUGCAAUCCCCUCAUACCCAGAAAGGGACAAGGACGCCCAGACUGGGCUGUGUUUGGCAGACUCACAGAACACAACGAGACCAUACUGUUCAAAGAAAAAUUUCUUGAUUGGACAGAGCUGAAGAAACUCAAUGAGAAGAAUUCUAGUGAAUCCCUUCACCAGAAGGAAGAAUCCAGAUCUGACUCUAAACCAUAUGAUGUCAUGCUAAUGGUAGCAGUGCCCCAAAUGACUGUAGGCACAGUCUUGGAUGGAAUGAAUAUUGGCCGGGGCUAUGGACUUGUAGAAGGAGAAGAUGGGAGGCAGUUUGAAAUUAUUACCGCAUCUGUGGAUGUCUGGCACAUCCUGGAAUUUGAUUAUAGUAGACUGCCUAAGCAAAGCAUAGGGCAGUUCCACGAGGGAGACACAUACGUGGUGAAGUGGAAGUACAUGGUGAGCACUACAGUUGGAAGCAGGCAAAAAGGAGAGCAACAAGUAAGGGCUGUUGGAAAAGAGAAAUGCGUGUAUUUCUUUUGGCAAGGAAGACACUCCACAGUGAGUGAGAAAGGGACAUCGGCACUGAUGACAGUGGAACUUGAUGAAGAGAGAGGAGCACAGGUGAGCUUCCUGCAGACCUAGACUAGUUUUCCUGAAUCUGUUUGCUUCCUUCAUUUUUUUAAUGAAGAAGGAGGGAUGAUUGUGCAUGCUGGAAGAAGGGAAGAGGAAGAAGAAAAUGCACAAAGUGACUGGAGGCUAUAUUGCGUGCGAGGAGAAGUUCCCAAUGAAGGAAACUUACUUGAAGUAGCAUGUCACUGCAGCAGCCUGCGUUCCCGGACAUCCAUGAUUGUCCUCAAUAUAAAUAAAGCUCUUAUCUACCUGUGGCAUGGCUGCAAAGCACAAGCUCACACCAAGGAUGUAGGAAGAACAGCAGCCAAUAAAAUAAAAGAACAAUGUCCGUUGGAGGCAGGGCUGCACAGCAGCAGCAAGGUGACAAUACAUGAAUGUGACGAAGGGUCAGAGCCCUUGGGAUUCUGGGACGCAUUAGGAAGGAGAGAUCGAAAGGCCUAUGAUUGCAUGUUGCAAGAUCCUGGAAAGUUUAAUUUCACUCCCCGCCUGUUCAGCCUCAGUAGUUCAUCAGGAGAAUUCUCAGCCACUGAGUACGUUUACCCUUCAAGAGACCCUGGUGUCAUCAAUUCCAUGCCAUUCUUGCAAGAGGAUCUUUACACUGCCCCACAGCCAGCACUGUUCCUUGUUGACAAUCACCAUGAAGUGUACCUGUGGCAAGGCUGGUGGCCUGUGGAAAACAAAAUCGCUGGAUCAGCUCGCAUCAGGUGGGCUACAGACAGGAAAUGCGCCAUGGAGACAGUGCUCCAGUACUGCAAAGGAAAAAAUGUAAAGAAGCCCCCCAAAUCCUAUCUAAUUCAUGCUGGCCUAGAGCCUCUGACCUUCACUAAUAUGUUCCCGAGCUGGGAACACAGGGAAGACAUUGCAGAGAUCACAGAAAUGGAUGCUGACGUUUCUAAUCAGAUAAUCCUUGUAGAGGACGUGCUGGCCAAGCUGUGUAAGACGGUGUAUCCACUAGCAGAUCUCUUAGCUAGGCCUCUGCCGGAGGGAGUUGAUCCACUGAAGCUUGAAAUUUAUCUUUCAGAUGCAGACUUUGAGGUUGCAUUAGAGAUGACGAGAGAAGAGUACAAUGCGCUGCCAUCUUGGAAGCAGGUUAAUCUGAAGAAGGCAAAAGGACUUUUCUAAGUUGUGUUUAUUGGAGUGAGCACUAAAGGGAUGGCUGUUUUCACUUCCUAUGCCCUUUAGAAGAAUUGUAUCCCACAUUUAUAAAAUAAAUAGAAAUAAUCCAAAGUUAUUAGUGACUACCUAUCUGGAGGUGUGUAAUAUUAUAAAAUGCCAAGAGAACUCUUUGGAAACGGAAUUCAGUUUUGAAUCUUAAUAUGUUUAAGCUCUGCUCUCCUAUGCACUUAACCAGUAGUUUCUUGAGCUACUGCAGCAGGUGUCCUUUGGCUAUAUACAAUACUUGCCAUUUUUGUUUUUGAAGAAGUUCUCUUUGUAAAGUGUUAUUUUGUUAGUUUGUUGAUUACAAAGAAUUUAUAUUUAUAUAAACACAUAGAACAAGUAUGUAUUUAACAAUGCAAUAUAUAUUCACUUUCAAGUCUUUCAUGUCAAAGCUACAGAGAAGUAGCUGGAUGGCGGCUGCUUGUACUGAAUUAGCUAUACCACCAGUAUGUAUCUCCUACGCACUCUGAAGAGUUUCUCUUUGCAAUAGGUAAUAAAUUGUUCCCAGUGCUGCUUCAGGUGCUAAACUGAACAAAGCGUUUGUAUUUAUAGCAUGGAUUUCUUGAGAAACUAUGCGAAUCAACCUUUAUACUUUAUUAUCCAAAAAUGUAUAGUGCCUUGUUUUUUGUGUACAGUUUAUAUACAAAAAAAAGAUUGGUCUGCAUUUUGAAGAUGGCUUAGAAUAGUCUCCUAUGUUACUUUUAUAAUAGUAGAAAUAAAAACAUCUCAGUUUCUAAUAUUUGUUGUAAACAUUAAACAUGUCUUUUGUGAUAUAAGAACUGAAAGUAAAAGCUUCUGAAUAAACUCUUAGCGAUGC